UGUAGUGUAAGGGAAUGAAGUGUAGUGUAGUGUUGUACAGUAUAGUGUAGUUCAAUGUAGUGUAAUGUAGUGUAGUGCUGAUGAUGCCACACUUCAUGAUCAGGGUACAUGUGCUCUGUUUUUAAGGCGCCAAAAUUGUACCGAAGAAGAACAAUCUCAGUCCACGAGCCCUUGGACACUUGUUACGUCUACAUAGCACAGUCCAUUAUAUUGUUAUAGAGGGGAGUGCUUCAGAGAUUUUAUUUUUAAAUGACACAGCUUCAGAAAAUAAUGGUAGUUAACUACGUCUAAUAUCAUAUUUACGCGUAGGUGUUUAAUGUAAUGAGACUAAUUGUUUAAGUGUCAUAUGUCCUAUAAUGGAUUUGCCUGGUGGGAGUUAGGAGAUGUGAAUCGGAAGAGAUCCGGAGCGGUUCCGUGACGAAUCUGCGGAUGGGAUUAGCUCGUUAGUUUGACGAAUCUGCGGAUGGGAUUAUCUCUGUAGUUUCACGAAUCUGCGGAUGGGAGUAUCUCGUUAAUUUGACGAAUCUGCGGAUUGGAUUAUUUCGAUAGUGUGCCGGUUGUGUUUCCGCCGGGUGUAAGAAUGACUAUGGCAGAUCACAAAACCAACAAAGAUCAGCGUUAUGACAGACAGCUGAGGUUAUGGGGAGAUCAUGGACAGGAGGCUCUCGAAAAUGCACAUGUGUGCCUGGUCAAUGCCGCCGCCUCCGGGACGGAAAUCCUGAAGAACCUAGUGCUUCCAGGCAUCGGAGCCUUCACGAUAGUGGAUGGACACAGGGUGUCUGGAGAGGAUGUCGGAAACAACUUCUUUCUUAGCAGUGACAGUGUUGGGAAGAACAGGGCUCAGGCUACUACUGAGCUGCUACAGGAACUCAACACUGACGUGUCAGGAAACUUUGUGGAGGAGAACCCAGACAGACUCCUGGACAAUGACCCUGAAUUCUUCCACAGGUUCAGUUUGGUUAUUGCUGUGCAACUUGAAGAAAGCACCUGUUUGCGGCUGGGCUCUGUGCUGUGGAACGCCGCCGUGCCCUUCCUUGUGUGUAGGACAUAUGGUCUCGUUGGCUACAUGAGACUUGUGGUGAGGGAGCACACAGUGGUCGAGUCACAUCCAGACAAUGCCCUGGAGGAUCUGAGACUGGACCAGCCUUUCCCAGAGCUGACCAAUCACAUCACCUCCUACGACCUCGACAACAUGGAGAAGAAGGACCACAGUCACACCCCGUGGGUCAUCAUAGUGGCUAAAUACCUGCAGAAGUGGUGCAGAGAGCACGACUUUCAGUUACCCAGAAACUACAAAGAGAAGGAGGCCUUCAGACAGCUGCUGAGAGAAGGGAUCCGUAAGAACGAGAACGGCACUCCGGAGGAGGAGGAGAACUUUGACGAAGCCAUUAAGAACGUGAACACAGCGCUGAAUCCCAGCAAGAUUCCCACAGCAGUAGAAGAUCUGUUCAACGCUGAGCAGUGUGAGAACAUCACGUCACAGAGCCCAGCGUUCUGGGUGAUGGUGCGGGCCGUGCGGGACUUUGUGCAGGCUGAAGGGAGGGGAAGUCUCCCCGUGCGUGGAACCAUCCCAGACAUGAUCGCUGACUCGGACAAAUUCAUCAGCCUGCAGAACGUCUACAGAGAGCGGGCACUCCAGGACGCUGCAGCUGUCAGCAGACAUGUGGAGUCGCACCUGCAGGCUGUGGGCAAGCUCCCAGAGUGCAUCUCAGAGCAGGAUAUCAGACUCUUCUGUAAGAACGCCGCCUUCCUGAGGGUGGUGCACUGUCGCGCCCUGGUGGAGGAGUACGGUGUGGACACUGUCCACAAAGACGAGAUCACUUCCUGUAUGGAUAACCCAGACAGUGAGAUGGUUCUGUACCUCAUGCUGCGCUCUGUGGACUGUUUCUACCAGCAGCACUCUCGUUACCCAGGUGUGUACAACUACCAGGUGGAAGAUGACAUCGUGCGUCUGAAGUUGUGUGUCCACAGCCUGCUCCAGGAGUACGGCCUCACUGUCAACGUCAAGGACGACUACGUCCACGAGUUCUGUCGAUACGGUGCUGCAGAACCACACACAGUUGCUGCCUUUAUGGGUGGAGCAGCAGCCCAGGAAGCCAUCAAGCUUAUCACUCACCAGUUUGUACCAUUCAACAACACCUUCAUCUACAACGCUAUGGCCCAGACCUCUGCCACCUUCCAGCUCUGAACCACACCACCACCUCUGGAAACUUUGCCAACCGUUGCUGCUUCGAAAUCUUUUUUUUUUUUUUUUUUUUUUUUUUUUUUUUUUUUUUUUAGGAAAUGAUUGUGUAGUGCACGAGUAUUGUUACUGUUUGAAGCAGCAUUACAAAUAAAUGUUCAUAAACAUUU